AGACAUGGCGCUUCGAUCUGAAGAGGACCUGGCACCGUUGCUGUUCCCAGACGUUCUCUUCAACCCUCAAGCCACUGAAGGGCAAGAGGAGCAGGCGAACGAACCAGAGGAAUCACAAGAUAGCGAUGUCCCGCCUGCUCCAGACGUGUCAGACGCGAGCGGAGACAGCUCAAGCUUAGCAUCGAAUGUUGAUCGCUCGACUGAGACGGCAACACAUCAGCAGCUGUUGAGCCCAGCAGAAUUUCAGCAAGACAACGAGGCAAUGUCAAAGAUAUCUUGGAAGCCCUCGCUUAACGAUGGUUUUCCUGACUUCGAGCACGGGCCCCGCAAGUUUGACCGCAGCUUGUGCUGUGACGUUCUCUCGGACGUGCCCGCGACCUUCUAUGAUCACUGGAGUGGUCUUAACUUCAGCAGAGAGGCAGCUCGCACACUGAGAAGAUACGGACAGAACAUGGGAUAUUUUUCGUAUGAAAUGUCAGAACCAAAGAAGUUUGUGAGAUUCUUUGACAAGCUUGAGUGGAACUGCGUUGGUUUGAUGAUACAGACGACAGAGGACGACGAGCUGGUCAUCGCCGAUGUUGUUGCAGGUGGCCCAGCAUGUCAGUCAGGCCUAGCGGCAGGAGACGUGCUGGUCUCUGUCGAUCGGACCAGCGCAACAUCGCUUGACAAAGUUUGCGCUGCCUUGAGUGGGCCGGCUGGCAACGAGGUGGAGCUCGUGGUGCGACGAGGAGGCGCGAGGCUCGGGCCCUUGGCGGUCAAGAGAGUUCGAUGCGACCGAGCCGUCGCCUCUCGUCGCGUGUCCUCGAGCUACGAGGACGUUCCCUUCUACAUCUCCCAGCAGGACCAGGACAGCGCCGUGCAUGAGGCCAGGGCGCGCGUGCAGAUGAUCCGAGAUCGAGUGUAUGCGGCAGCACGACAGAAGAUGCGAGGAAGGCGUUCGCCGACUACUCACACCCUCACCAACUUACCAGCUGCCUUGACUGACGAAGUUGGGACCUGCGUCUGACUCCACUAAGUUGAGCGCCUCAUCAGCCAUGUUAGUAAACCGGUGACCUC